GUUGGAAAACAUCGUUUUGUGGGUCUGCGGCCAACUUCACGUCUUUUCGCUUCGUCAACGUCAAAAUGGCAAACCGCGGUGGUCGUCAUGCUCGUACUGAGGAUUCAGAUAAUACCAUAAAUUAUGUACAAUGCGACGGUUUGGCCGUCAUGAAAAUGGUAAAGCACUGCCAUGAGGAGUCCAGCAAUAUGGAUUUGGCCCAAGGUGCACUGCUCGGUCUGGUCGUGGACAAGUGCCUGGAAAUCACCAACUGUUUUCCAUUCCCCAAGAGCGGCGACGAGACCAUGGACGAGGAGAUGUAUCAGCUGACAGUGAUGCGUCGUCUGCGUCGCGUCAAUGUCGACCACUUGCAUGUCGGCUGGUACCAGAGCUCCGAUGUGGGCAACAGCCUUUCGUUGGCCCUGCUCGAGUCGCAGUAUCAUUACCAGACCAGCAUUGAGGAGUCUGUUGUCGUUGUCUACGACACACAGAAGUCAUCACGCGGCUUCUUGUGCCUUAAGGCAUAUCGCCUUACACCCCAGGCCAUACAAAUGUAUAAGGAUGGUGACUUUACGCCCGAGGCAUUCCGUACCCUCAAAGUCGGCUACGAGAGUCUUUUUGCCGAGAUUCCCAUUGUCAUUAAGAACUCGCCGCUGACGAAUAUCAUGAUGAGCGAGCUAAAUGAGCUGCUGCCCGAGGAUAAGGGACACAAUUUCCUGGAUCUGGGCACCGCUUCUGUGCUGGAGAAUCACAUGCGUAGCCUCAUUGAACGCGUCGAUGAACUCUACCAGGAGGCUGUGCGCUAUAACAAGUACCAGCAGGUGGUCUUCAAGCAGGACACGGAGAAACAUCGUGCUCUGGCCAAACUGGCGGCCGAAAAUGCUGUGCGCACCUCGAAGGGCGAGCCAACGGUGGCCGAGGAGGAGGUCAUCAAGCAGUUCCGACCCAUGCCGGUGCCGGCCAGGCUAACAGCCACAAUUACCUCUGGCCAAAUUAAUACGCAUGCGCAGCACAUUGCACAAUUCUGCUCUCAGUCGCUGGCUAAACUCUUCAUUACGGAAUCACUGCAGAAUGCCAAGGAAACGAAGGAGAUCAAGUAGUUUAGUUUAUGUUAAAACACAUCUAAAGCGAGUCUUAAUUUAGACACAUCAAUAAAAUAUCCAAACUUUGUAGCUGUGUGUAAGUGCAUAUGCCACAGCUGAGCGGAACU